AUGUUACAAAUUGAACAGAAGAAUUUGUUGAUUGAGAAAACAUUAACCGAAAAGUUAUUCCCGGAAACGGAGAAUUCAAAAUCGUUAGACAGAAUAAUCACCGAUUUUGAUUUUACAACCUAUCAUAUUUCCACAUUACCAGAUAAUAAAAAUAUAUUGUUAAUUUCAAUAUAUUUGAAAUGUUGGGAAGAUUUAGUGAAAUACGGAGUUAUUGAAUACUUAAACGGGAAAUAUUCCCACUUUCAAUCAUUGACAAUUUUAAGCAAUAAUGAUAUUGAAGGGGGAUAUAAUUAUUCAUUAGUUUUAAAUGUUGAUGAUAUAAUUAAUGAAUCGGAAGAAUCAAAAUUACAAUUAAUUAGUGAAUUAUCAUUUUUGAAAAGACACUCUAUUGCUUCUGCUUUUGAAAAAGCUUUCAAUAGAUUUGAUGAAUUAAGUAAUAAAUAUGCUAAUUUGAAUACUUAUUCAGAAGAUGUCCAAUUAGAAUUAACAAAUGAACCAAUCUUAGUGAUCAAUUACCGUGGAUCUGAAGAAAGUAUCUACAUUAAGCCAUCUUUUGAUAGAGUUACUGUUAUUUUCUCUACUAUUUUCCAGGAUGAAACCGAUAAAAUUUUUGGUAAAGUUUUCUUACAAGAAUUUGUUGAUGCAAGAAAAAGAUCAGUUCAAACUGCUCCCCAAGUAUUAUAUUCCCAUAAGGAACCUCCUUUAGAUAUUCAAAAUGUCGUCAGCAAUAAAAACAACGAUAACAAAGGUUAUGUUACUUUUGUUCUUUUCCCAAGACAUCUUGUUAAAGGUGAUAGAAGAGAUAAUUGUAUUUCUCAUAUUCAAUUUUUUAGAAAUUACUUCCAUUAUCACAUUAAAUGUUCAAAAGCUUACAUGCAUUCAAGAAUGAGAUUCAGAGUGAAGGAGUUUUUGAAGAUUUUGAAUAGAGCUAAACCUGAAAAUGUUGAUGAUGAUGGUAAACUUAUUGAAAAUAGAAAAACCGCUAGCGGUAAAAGAUUCGAUAUUGGUAGAGUUUAA